GAUGGUAGUGGUCAGCGAUGGUCAUUGCGGUCCGAUUUGAGUUGACUUAACGUGUUUUCUGGUUGACGUUGACGUCGCACCACCGUGGAAAAAAGUCGAGUUGCAAUCGAGUACCCGAUAUCCGCGCUGAACGAUAACACGAUAAACGGUACAGGUAAACCUGUAGGACAAUGGACAGUAGACGGUAGACGAUGAACGACGACGGAUAAAGUAUAAACGAUCAACGACGGAUCAACGAGGUGUACGUACCGUGAACACGGUAAACGGUGGGCGGUAGCGAUUAGCGAUUCGAUACGGAAACAGGUCAUGUACACGAGUUUCGUUCCAUUUGAUUCGAUAGUGCCUCGGGAUCACCCGCGCCCUUUCGUACCAGUCACGGUGAAAUCACCGCAUAUUUCUCGCUGCUUCGAUCGAUUUUCCACUUUUCGAUCCGAUGAUACCUUUGCCGUUACUCGAGUCCCCACGAUCGCGGUGAAACACUUGCCAUGAAUUUCCAUUGCAGUUUGCAAUAAUUAUCUUUACGCGAUCUGUCUGUCUGUCUGUGCUAGAUAAAUUUCAUUGUAAAGUCGCCCGAGAUCGAUUAUCCUGACCUAACGCUAACCCUAACCUAACCUUGAAGGCGUACACCGUAUACGCGAGAUUCUAACGUGACGUAUCUCCCGAGCAUCGUCUAGCAGACACCACUCAAGAUGGUCACUCCCCAAACACCAGGUGCAGAUCCCUGGGUGAUUCAGCCCAGGGAAAGAAUGCGAUAUCAGGAACAAUUUGUCUCUUUAAAUCCAAUCAAUGGAGUCGUUACUGGCGAUCAAGCGAAAGGAUUCCUCCUUAGAUCGCAACUCCAACCUGCUGUUCUUGGGCAAAUUUGGGCGUUGUCAGACACGGAUGCGGAUGGAAAAAUGGAUAUAAACGAGUUUAGUAUCGCGUGCAAGUUGAUUAAUUUAAAGCUACGUGGUUUCGAAGUUCCAAAAGCGUUACCACCUGUUCUCAUACAGAGUUUAAAAUCUUUCUCAGCUGGCGAUGCCAAUCUCGCUGGAUUGACAAACGGGUCAAAUGCACCCUCUCAAAACAACAUUGGCUCUCUAGUAAAUUUAAGUGGGCAUCAACCAAUGGUAUCUCAAAGCGUGGCAAGUGCGGUACCCAUGGCUGCAAAUACGUCACAUCCCCUUAUAGCAUUACAACAAAAUAGACAGAAUGUGGCUCCAAGCACACACGCCACAACUCAUACACCGUCUAAGCCACCCGCUCGACCCGUGCCACCUUCCGUGGGAAUUGCACCUUCCGUCAAUACCACAACUGGUGGUCCCCCGCAAAGACCUGCACCACCUGCGAGUAUCGGAAAUAAUAACUUUGCGACCGCAACGAGUGGCCCACCACCGAAACCAGCACCGCCUUCGUUUCCAAACAGUCCUGUGGGAAUUUCGCCGAUAAAACCUCCAACUUCCGUGGUCGGUGCGUCAGCAGUUUCUUCGGUAUCGCCCAUACCUACUUCUGGCAUGGGUAUGCCGCCAGUAGCAUCAAUUGCUCCUUUAAACACGAAUCCUGUGCCGAUGGCUGCCUUCAAUAUAGCACAACCAUUGCCGACGCAAGCAUUAUGCACGGCCAUGGUUGCUCCUAUGACCGGCAUUCCUACCAUAGCAUCAUCCAUUGGAUCAAUAAAUACUGGUACUGGAGUUGCUCCAUCAGUGGCAUUACCGUUGGUAUCCUCGACCACCGCAAACGGCGCAUUGGUCAACGGUGCCGUUACACAAACGCCAGUAUCUACAAACACACCUCUGAGUACGACGGCACGUCCACCGAGUAUAGAUCGAGUGGGAUCCGUUGAUUCGCAGCACAGCCAGCACUCGGUUGGUUCGCCACAAUCUACGGAAUGGGCGGUACCGCAUCAGACCAAAUUAAAGUACACCCAAUUGUUUAACACCUGGGACAGAACGAGAUCCGGCUUUUUAUCCGGGCCUCAAGCGAGAAACAUAAUGGUGCAGUCGCAAUUACCGCAACCCAUACUCGCUCAGAUAUGGGCCCUAGCUGACAUGGACUCGGACGGACGUUUAGGCUCCGAGGAGUUUGUGCUCGCGAUGCAUCUUUGCGACAUUGCCAAGGCCGGUGAGAAUAUACCUACGACGCUCCCACCGGAACUUAUUCCACUCACAUUCAGACGGCAACGUCAAAGUAGUCUAACGUCGUCUCAGAACGCAACGGAGAAUGUCGAUCCAUUGGCGGGCAUGCCACAGACUUCAUUUGAAGAUAAACGUAAGGAGAACUUUGAGAAAGGUCAAGCCGAAUUGGAACGUAGACGUAAAGCGUUAUUGGAAAUUCAGCGAAAGGAACAAGAGGAACGGGAGCGCAAGGAAAGAGAGGAGGCUGAGAAACAAGAGAAAAUAAGACUGGAGCAAGAAAGACGCAGGCAGGCGGAAAUAGAAAAACAAAUGCAGAGACAAAAGGAGAUUGAGCAGGAGAAGGAGGAGCAACGAAAGCGCAUGCAGGAACAAAAGGAGGCAGCGCGCAAGGAAAUGGAGAGGCAGCGACAGUUGGAGUGGGAACGCCAAAAGUCACAAGAAUUACAAGCACAGAGACAAAAGGAGCAAGACGUCCUCCUGAAAUUGAAAGCGAAGAAUCAGACUCUGACCAUCGAACUUGGAACACUUAAUGACAAAGUUAAGGAACUAUCGCAAAAGAUUUGCGAUACUCGGGUAGGAGUGUCAGGUGUCAAAACGACCAUCGAUGGUAUGAGAUCAACGAGGGACACACAAUUGCAAGAAAUGGCCGCGUUAAAGAAUAAACUUCGGGAACAGAAUCAGAGAUUGUUAGCGUUGAGCCAAGAGAAGGCGCGUAUCGAGGCGAGGAACAAAAUGAAUGCUGCUCAAGAUGCCGCUGGGCAAGAAGCUAUAAAAAUGGCCUUUGACAAUAAACAGAUUACUCUUAAGCAGAUGAAAGAUAAAAUAGCAGAUUUACAGCAGCAGAUCGACUCUAAAAUGUCGGAUAUUGAAAAUAACAAUGCUCAGCUUGAAGACAUUAAAACGCAAAUGAAGAAUCUGGCAACGGACUGUAAGCAGCUUUACAUUACCUAUGAUGAAAAGAAGAAUAAGGUACUUGAACUCCGAGGGAACAGUGGCAACGUCUCAGCCGCGGACUUUGCCACAUCCGCGUGGGGCGAUAACGCUUGGGACAAUGCACCCGCCAUAGCCAGUGACGCAGCUUGGCCCGUCAAUGACACCGCUGCGGUGACCAACUCGUUAAGCGACGUUUCUAUUUCUGGCACUCGAAAGUACAGGGCUCUGUAUGAGUUUGUAGCGCGGAAUCAGGACGAAAUAUCGUUUCAACCUGGCGAUAUUAUACUGGUACCACCUGUACAAAAUGCCGAGCCAGGAUGGAUGGCAGGAGAAAUUCGUGGUCAUACUGGUUGGUUUCCCGAGUCUUACGUCGAGCCAGUGGAUACUGGUACAGCUGUCUCGGACAACGAUCGUACUUUUAUGCAGCAGGACAGUGUAGAGAAGAGGACAUUAGAGGGUAUAGCGGAAGUUCCCGAGAACGUAUCCGACGCGGGAUCGCUAGGGGGAGAAGCUCCGCUAGUGGAAGCUAUUAUACCUACCUUGGGACUAGGUACAUCUUGUGACAUACAAGUUACUGCUUUGUACGCGUAUCGACCUACCAUGCAGCAACAUCUUUCGUUUGACAAGGGAGAGGCUAUCUACGUUUGCGAACAGCAGGAUAACUGGUGGUACGGUUCAACCAAUACUAAGAACAAGGGCUGGUUCCCAAGAUCAUACGUAAAGGAGACAGUUGCAGACAGUGGGAAAAAUGUCACCGCGGAUGACGGUCUUAAUGAAUAUUACGUCUCGCUUUAUCGAUAUGAUUCGACCGAGGCCGGCGAUCUCAGUUUCAAUCAGGGUGAAGUUGUACUAGUUAUAAAGAAAGAAGGGGACUGGUGGACUGGUUGCAUAGGGGACAAAACCGGGAUUUUCCCAUCCAAUUAUGUGGAAAAGUGCGACACUCCUCAACAGGGUGCACAGAUUACUAACAUCGAGACCACCGCCGUCGCUGACGCAACUGCGGAAGACAAAAGUACCGAUCAGAAAGCUGUUACUCCAACGAGCGCAGCGUCGCAACAGGUAGAAAAAACGGCGGAACAGUUAGAAGACGAGAUGGCAGCUGCUGAGGAUAGAGCAGAAUUACCCGAUUUUACUGCUAUGGCUGCUCAACAGUAUUACAAGAGAGGAAGAAAACCGGAAAUUGUUCAAGUCAUCGCACCCUACCAGGCAACCAGCGCGGAACAAUUAGACCUGCAAAGAGGACAGUUAAUAAUGAUUCGUAAAAAGACUGAUAGCGGCUGGUGGGAAGGAGAGCUUCAGGCACGUGGUAAAAAGAGGCAAGUUGGUUGGUUCCCGGCAACUUACGUCAAGCCCUUAACCAGUAGCAGUAAUAGAAGUACGCCCGUCUCUCAUGGCUAUCAAGAUUCUCCGACAGAUCCGAAUAUCGAACGCGUGAUGGCCCUGUAUCCUUACCAGGCCCAAAAUGAGGAUGAAUUGAGUUUCGAGAAGGGUGAUGUCAUAUCGGUGCUCGCUAAGGAAGAAGCUUCGUGGUGGAGAGGCGAACUGAAUGGCGUAUCUGGCGUCUUCCCAAGCAACUAUGUUUCACCCAUGUCGAGUGAAUCGAUGAUCGAUACAAUGAUGUGUCACGAUCCUAUGGAAAAGAAACGCCAGGAAUAUAUCAAAGAACUAAUCAUGACUGAACAAGCCUAUAUAGAAGACAUGAGGCUAGUGCACGAGGUUUUUGAGAAACCGUUAAUCGAAAGUUUAGUCUUGAGCGUUGACGAGAUAGAAAAGAUAUUUAUCAAUUGGAGAGACAUUAUCGCGUGUAACGAUAACUUUUUGAGGACUUUAAGGAUAAGGAGAGACAAUAGCUGCGGCGGAAUUAUUAGGAUGAUUGGCGAUAUAUUAUGCGAGAAUAUACCUAGGAUGUCGGCUUACAUAAGAUUUUGCAGCUGCCAAAUAUCCGCUGCGACGUAUCUGCAACGUUUGACGGAAACCUCGGCAGAGUUUGUUCGAGUCGCUCAAGCAUGUCAGCAGGACCCGCGGACCAAAGGGAUGCCGUUGAGCUCCUUUUUGAUUAAACCCAUGCAAAGGAUAACAAAGUAUCCGCUCAUCAUUGGCAAGAUCUUGGAGCACACACCGGUCGAUCAUCCCGAUAGGCAGUACCUGCAAGAAGCCCUGGCUAAAUCUGAGGAGUUUUGCACCCAGGUAAAUGAAGGAGUCCGGGAAAAGGAAAAUAGUGACAGAUUGGAAUGGCUGCAGACUCACGUGAUAUGCGACGGUCUUGAAGAGCAGCUCAUCUUUAAUUCCUUGACGAAUUCUUUGGGACCGCGAAAGCUCUUGCAUUUCGGCAUACUUCACAAGUCGAAAAGUGGCAAGGAACUCGUCGGCUUCCUCACAAAUGAUUUUCUGCUGUUUGCGCAACCGAUGAAGUUCUCUUUAAAUUCUCAACAAUUCUCGUUUGAACGUAACGAGCAUCAAAAGUUCAAGAUGUACAGGAAGCCGAUAUUUCUCAAUGAAUUAUUUCUGCUCGGAGAAAACGACGGAAACGGAAACGGAAACAGUAGCCUGAGUGGAAGUGACGCACCAGACAGUUCGUCGAAAACUUUAAGACUGAGAGAUCAAAAAAAGCCAAUAAUAUUACUAGCCCCGUCUUCGAACGAAUGCUCACUGUGGUCGAAGCGGAUCGCCCAAGCACGUAGAAAGUUCUCAGAGAACGAGAAAAAUUGCCUGCAGAGACAACGGUCAAAGCAGGCGCAAUUUGGAGCGUGCGGAAGAAUUCUCGUCACUGUGCUCGAAGGUUUCAACUUGAAAGCUCCAUCCGGUAAGGAUCCAAUCGUUCGCAGGAGACCUCCUGAAGGUAGGCUGCAACUAGUAGUUGUGGAAGCUGAAGAUCUUUUCAGUGACGAAAAAGGUAAAUGCAAUACAUUCUGCAAAGUGUCUAUGGGCUCUCAAGAAGAAAGAACUGGUGUAGUAUCCGGCAGCGAUUGUCCCUUGUGGGAUGCUUCGAUGCAAUUCCAAGUGAAAGAUCUACUCGAGGAUACUCUUUGCAUCACUGUGUUUGAUAAAGGAUACUACAGUCCCGACGAGUUUCUUGGUCGUGCGGAGAUCAGAGUGGCUGACAUAAUGAGAGACAGUAAGGAUUCUUGCGGGCCAAUCCAAAAGAGGUUCAAGUUACAUGAAGUCGAGAGCGGGGAUGUGGUUCUCAAGCUCGAUCUUCGAUUGUUCGGUAACAGAAGUUAGAAGAAUUAAUUUUUACGAGCACACGCAAAUGCGAAAAGUAUCUUUAGUCAAAAACAUUAAAUGUACCAUACAGAUCAUUUCUAAAAUGCAUGACGGAUAUUUAAUUACGACUAUUCUAGAGUUUCAUAUGGUAUGAUGUAAGUAAGAAAUUAUAAAUUUAUGUAAGAGGA